AAUAACUAUUGUCAGAAUUUGCAGGAAGAAAUAUUUGAUGCGCCGAUAUUGCCCGGAAAAUUUAGGAUGCCUACAAAUAGCCAUCAUCUGCACAGGUCCCUCAUUCGGAGGUUCAAGCCAGCUGGGGGAACACUGAAGUCAAGUUACACGAGCAGUGUAGAACAAACUGAUACGCUGCAAUUAUUGGAAUAUUCAGAGUCACUGUGAUCUGCAAAAAUGGUGAACAUAUUGAUUGGAGCGGUUUUUAUCAGCGCUCAACUUUUCAUAGUUUCAACUGCCCCGAUAGUUCCAGCACAGGGUGAUUGUGUUGAGGGCGAACCAUUACAAGGUCAACGUCAACCUGAUGUUAACAUAACUGUUCUGCCAUCCCUUGAAGUACCCUUCUUGAGUCCCGUGACUAUCAUCUGUGAUGCAGACGUUGCCCGUUUCCCACCAAACCUACCACAACCUCCGACUGCUCCGGUUAAAAUUGUGAUCCGUGUUGGGAUAUACACAGUAAAAGAAUGCAAAAAUAACACUGGAAUCUUCCAAUGUACCUAUCGUCUAUCAAGUUUCUUCCCUGGUCUGCCACGAAGAAUAAGUUGUACUGCUUCAACAGACAACGAUGAAUGUCGCUUUAAGACCGCCAAUCUUACCAUUAAGCCAACGCCGACACCAACAGCAACUGGCAGUGUUGAACAGUUUCCAAAGAUGAGUGUUAUAACAUUUGUCUUCAAAAACGGCACCAAUGUUAAAACAUCGACAAACAAUACACAAGGAAAUGCUACUGCUUCCACAACAGUGUUUAAUACGAACGCAACAACUACGACAAACACUUCCAAAGGAAAUGUUACAACUCCUCCUCCAACAGUUAUUAAUACUAACGCAACAACUACGACAAACACUUCCAAAGGAAAUGUUACAACUCUUCCUCCAACAGUUAGUAAUACUAACGUUCCAACUACGUCAAACGCUACCCAAGAAAAUAUAACAACUGUGCCUCCAACUGUAAACAUCACGCAAGCUCCAACUACAACAAUCACUUCCCAGGGAAAUGUUACAACUGCUCCUCCAACACCUCCACCUACAACAUUUGGUUUCCAAAUAUCUAACUACUCUGUCAGUGAAGCUGGUGGUAUUUUGAGAGUUUGUCUUCAAGUUAGUAAUUUUGAUGGAAAUUCCUUUUCAGGAAAAUUAACAUUCAGAAAUGGCACCGCAACAAGCGGAGAAGAUUUCUCAGGGGAGGAGAAAACUGUUGGAAUACAAAGUUUUAUUCAAACAACUGAUUGCGUUGAUAUUGAUAUAAUCCAGGAUAACAAUUACGAGGGCAACGAAAAUUUUACAAUUGUUUUGACGUUAAAUAACAAUCCCAACGUUCAAAUAACUGUUGGUGAAGCGACAGUGACUAUCGUAGAUGAUGAAGCACCAACAACGACAAGCCCUACCCAAGUAAAUGUAACAACUGUUCCUCCACCAACAGCUACUGCCACAAACGCUCCAACUACGACAAACACUUCCCAGGGAAAUGUUACAACUGCUCCUCCAACACCACCAACAACGACAAGCCCUACCCAAGUAAAUGUAACAACUGUUCCUCCACCAACAGCUACUGCUACAAACGCUCCAACUACGACAAACACUUCCCAGGGAAAUGUCACAACUGCUCCUCCAACACCUCCACCUACAACAUUUGGUUUCCAAAUAUCUAACUACUCUGUCAGUGAAGCUGGUGGGAUUUUAAGAGUUUGUCUUCAAGUUAGUAAUUUUGAUGGAAAUUCCUUUUCAGGAAAAUUAACAUUCAGAAAUGGCACUGCAACAAGUGGAGAAGAUUUCUCAGGGGAGGAGAAAACUGUUGGAAUACAAAGUUUUAUUCAAACAACUGAUUGCGUUGAUAUUGAUAUAAUCCAGGAUAACAAUUACGAAGGCAACGAAAAUUUUACAAUUGUUUUGACGUUAAAUAACAAUCCCAACGUUCAAAUAACUGUUAGCGAAGCGACAGUGACUAUCGUAGAUGAUGAAGCACCAACAACGACAAGCCCUACAACAGCUACUGCAACAAACGCAAUAACAACAGCGAAAGGAAAUGCGACCUCAACCACACUACCAACAACUAUGCCUCCUACAACAAUACCGACAGUUGUAACAACGACAGAACAAGUCAUUCCGCCAACACCACCAACAACACCACGAACAACUAAACCCACUAAAAAAGGUGAUGGAAGUGAUGAUGAAAGUGAUGACAGUGACAGCGAUAGUGAAAGUGAUGACAGUGACAGUGAUAGUGAAAGUGAUGACAGUGACAGUGAUAGUGACAGCGAUAGUGACAGUGAUAGUGAUAGUGACAGUGAUUAAGAUUAACGAUCGAUUGGAAUUGUAUAGGAUUAUAUCAAUUUUUAAUCAAACCAUCCUCUAUCGUGGAUUAACUGAAAUGUUAUCAUGUUUCGUUAUUAGCAUGCAUAUACAUAUAAUUAUUAUAAUUCUUACUAAAUUAUAAUGGAAGACAUAUAUAUAAAUAUGAUAUAUAUAUAAAUAUACAAAUGAUAUUGUAAGAGUUUUAAGCGUCAGUUAAUCUGCUUGAAUGGACGGCAAUGCAGAUUUUAUACACAGUAUAUUGUACAUUAUGUCUUAGAUUUUAAUAAACGCAAGGCUAUAUCACAGAUUUUAAUGUGGUGUGAGCCCACUGCGUGUGAACCCGGCAACAGAGAAAAUAAUUUAAUGUUCAUUGUGGUAUUAAAAAAAAGUUUAAAAAAAGA